GUCCCGUGAAGCUAUUGGCGUGUGGAUCCGUCGGUAGGCCAGAGGAAAAUCAGGCGAGUGCGAAAAAAAAAAAUAGUGGCAAGAUAUUGCACUAAACCGCGGUCACUUGGUGUUGAUUUCGUGAUAAAGCCUAACACUGCAGCGUUGGGAGCCAAUAUUGCACGAAUCCGAACAGGAAGCCAAGCGUUUUGGGCUGGAAAAUUGGCACGGUUUAGAAAGCGAAGAAAAUUUUCCACAUCGCCACUCGUCUUGUCUUAGGGAAGAAAAAAGAGAAGAAAAUCUCGAGAGUGAAGUGGACCUCUUUUCGUGGAAUGGAUUCCUCAGUUCGAGUCUCAGUCAGUUCGCGUAUAGUUUAGUGAGUGUGAGGUACGGGAAUCGCAAAAGAAGGAGUGUGUGGACAAAAAGAAGCCGUUGGGCAGCUGCUACAGUUAUAGAGUAUAGCGCACCGACGAAAGAAUCGAGGACAGUUAGUCUUGGGGUUGUGACGCUUCAGUUUUAUCUAAUUAUGGCGAGCUGAGUUCCCAACGGUUCCGCUGGUCAGUGUGUGGUAGUGGUGCCAUUGCCGAAGACGUGAAAAUCGAGUCAUCAUAAUCAUCGAGCUAGCGGGUGUUUGUUGGAUAAGGGCCGCCCCCCUCGGAAGGGGAAGACAAGCACAUUUUCCCCCCGAAAACCAAUUCCCACAAACUGUCAGGAAAUUCGAUCUUGGAACUCGUCGUCAAACACACAAACACAAUAAUCCCGAACGAUGCCACCAUCUUACUGUUCGGUCGCCGGAUGCUCGAAUAGUCGAGGUCCUACGUGCAGCUUGUACUGCUUUCCCAAGGAUGAUGCUGUGUGCAAACAGUGGGUCGAGUUUUGCAACCGGCCCGAGCUGUGGAAGAAGUACAACGAGAAUGGCCCCGAGUACCUGUACAAGAGUUCUCGAAUCUGCUCCGACCACUUUCAGCCGAACGAUUUCAACAAUCCAAAUCUUUUCAGUCAAGGGUUGAAAAAAGGUUCGGUGCCUACACUGUAUCCAGCCAGUAAAGAACCAAAGAAUCGCUACAGCACUGGGGGAAUUGGUGGAAUCAGUGGAAUCGCACUUGGUGGUGGUGUUGGUGGUAACUCGCCUCCCAACAGCAACAACAACAACAGCGACAAUGAUUCACUCGUCAUAACAGUGCCAACGAAGCGACCGCUGCUGUCGCAGUCCUCAGCACAGCAGCCAGUUGCCAAGCAGCGAAGAUCACUACCUCCCACCUCCGGCACCACCAAUAUCAGCAACGUCGCCGUGAGUGGUGCACUGGCCGGUCUGAUACAGCGUCAGCAGCUGAAAGAGCAACAGCGGAAAGCAUUCGCAGCGGCCCUACAGCUGCAGCAUCGACAACAGCAGCAGGUACACAUCCAGCAGCCACGAUCACUACUUGCCUCACUGAAAUUGAAGCCAAAUCCCAACAACAAUAACAACAACAACAACCACAUCAGCAACAAUAACAACAGCAGCAGCAAUGGCAAAGGGGCAGCUGCCGGGCAGGAAAAACUCGAGGACGAACGAGGCUAUGGCAUCAACUACGUGGACACGGAAGGAGGAGACUCCUCCGAGGGAGAUUCCAGCUACAACAAUUCUAUGGAAGAAGAGCUCGCGGCCUACAAGCAGCUCCAGCAGAUGAAGGCCGUGAAAGCGGCGGCCGCAGUCAUCCCUGCCUCCCUCAAGUCCGAGCUGACGGUAACGCCGGCCACCAACUACACCUCCAACAGCAACCGCAGCACGUCCUCAGCGGCAGCAGUGGCUCCUCCCACCGCAAACGGUACCACCAAUUACAAGGAAAAGUACGAGCAAACGCUGAAGGAACUGUUCGCGUGCCGAAAGAUUGUCAAAAACCAGAACAACGCCAUCAAGCAGCUUCAGGGCGAAAUAGAUUUUUUGAACCAGCUGCUGAAGGAGAAAUGAUGUCCUCGCUCGUCGUCGUUUAGGAGGACAGCGGGUUUGUUGUUGCCGAUCGCCAGAGAAACUAGCAGUGAUAGCAGUAGCUUGGUGCCAAUGGUUUUAAAACUUUAAAAUAGGUAUGUGUGUGUGCGAGCGCGUUGAGUAUGUGUGUGUAUGCGUUCGUGAGUAUGUCUCGAGUGAGAUCGAUGCUGAUCCUCCGGAUCUCUUUGUAUUAUAUUGGAUGAGUUUAACCUUUAAGUCACAAGAGAAAGGGGUAGUACAAGGAGCCAACAAGUCCGCAUAGAUGUAAUUUUACACUUUGAUUAUCGAUGGUACUGAUGUUUCUUUCAGUGCAUAUUUCAAUAGCUUUUACUUAACUCCUAGCUUGUGCCAGUAAUGUAACGUUUAAAGAUAGUUUCUUCAAUUUCUUGGUGUGCAAGAGUUUUUAAUAUGUAUAAACAAAAAUGACGUUUUCGUCUUGCUAACAAACAAACAAACAAAAAAAACGCACGUUCUAAUAAUAGUUACCAAUUUGCAAACACAACCCGUCUGUUGUUUGGCUGAAGCACACUUUCGACGGGUUUUCUUUUUUGUUUUGAAAAGCAUGCGAACAUUCCAAGAGCGCUGAAUUUCCGAAGAAGAAUGACAAAGCAUUUUAGUUCACCACAGUUUAGUUGCGCUUACGACUUGUACACCACAUUGUGUCACCAUCAGACAACCAACUGUUACGACUGAAAAAAAAACCAAGAGGUGGACACUCUGAUAUUCAACAGUAUACAUCAACAUGAUUCAGGCAAAAUGGGCAGGUGGGAGAGUUAUCAUUAAUAUUUAGAGACCGAGGUUUAACCCGAAAACGCGGCUAUACGACAACAGAAAACAGGACAAGAAAGCGCCUUCAAAACAACAUAGUUAAAAUUUAAAAACAAUACAAACGAAGAAGAUAUAAACAAAAGUACCCAACAUUUAUUGAUUGAUCCAAUCGAUUACAAGGUUUCGGAUGCAUAGAGAAUAAAAGCACAUGAAUAAAUUUGAUAAGAUAUAACAGCUGCUAGAUAGUAGGGGAUAUUUGUGGAAUUGUAUAGAAUUAUUAUCUACGAUAUUAGUCACAGACGCGGGAGCGAAUUAGUAAGUUACGGGAUUCUAAACAGACAAGCGAAACCAUAGUUUAAACAUCUAUGAGAGAAGAAAAAGGAAACCAAAACACAAGUACCAGUCCUAUCCAAAUUUGACUGAUUCCAAGUAGUCUAACGAGUGAAACACAAUAACCUGGAACAAAACCAAAUGAGAAUGAACGAUUGAAAAAAUGUAUUUUUUGUUGUUGCCAAUAAAUGGUUAGAAAAC